AUGACCUUUGGUGAAACCCAACGGACAGAAACACUUGGAUUAUAUUGGGCAUGCCAAGAAGAUUGCUUGAUGUUCAAUAUCAACACUGAAUUUUCUAAGAAAGUGACUAAACGCACAAUUUUAUCUGAAAUAGCCCAAAUCUUUGACCCUUUAGGGUUGCUUGGGCCGUGUGUGAUUCUAGCCAAAAUUAUGAUGCAAAGAUUAUGGCUGUGCAAAAACCAGUGGGAUGAAUCCUUACCUGCAGACUUAGAUACAAGUUGGAAACGAUUUCGAGAGCAGCUUCAGCAGGUGAAUUAUGUGAAAAUUACUCGUCACGUUUUGUGUGAUAACCCAGUCAGGGUGGAAAUCUAUGGGUUUGCUGAUGCAUCAUUAGAGGCUUAUGGUGCAUGUGUGUAUGUGCGAAGUGAAGAUGCUAAUGGAAAGGUGUAUGUGAGAGUGAUGUGUUCUAAAACCAAAGUAGCACCCCUUAAAACAAUUACAGUGCCCAGAUUAGAAUUGUGUGCGGCCUUACUGGUAGCUAAUUUGGUACAGAAGGUUAAAACUUCAUUAACCGUGAAAAUUGAUGAAAUUGUGCUUUGGUCUGAUUCGUCUGUGUGUUUAACAUGGAUCCAUACACCCCCAAAUAUAUUGCAAACUUUUGUGGGUAAUCGUGUAUCCCAAAUUCAAGGUUUGACCCAAAUCAAUCAGUGGAACCAUAUCAGUACCAAAGAUAAUCCUGCGGAUCUCCCAUCUAGGGGACUUAGCCCCGAGCUAAUUGAACCUUGUGAACUGUGGUGGUGA